CCGGCCUCGUUCAUUCAAUCACACACUUAUCACUCACCUCCACCGAUCCGGCGAAACUCGCGACAUCCAGCAGCCGCCUCUCGCCCCAGCUAUCGAUUAGGCUUUUUGGAACCUCCCUCAUCUCCUUCGUUCCGUCCGCUUCGCUCCGGUCUUUCUCAUCGCUCUCUCGCCCCGUGAUCUUUCCAUUUUCACUGCAACACCAAGCCAGUAGCGCCAUAGGUACUCCGACUCGAUUCAGCUCACGCUUCGCCCCUCCAUAUCCCCAUAGCCGACAGCCUGCUGCUGCACAACCUCGAUAUCCACCGACGACCAACAGAUGUUGCAGCACCGCGCCACCCACCCGUCGACCUCUACGCCUGCAGGUCGCCUCAUUUGAGAAAGUGAACGGGGGACACACAUCCACACCCACACACCCUUACACACUGCCUAGCCACCGCCGCUGGCGCAGCACCCACCUUGCGCAACCGGCAAACAUGGGCGACGACCUGGCCACCUCCCACGCCCGGGAUAAGGAGGCUCUCAGGUCUCUCGCCGACGAGCUGCUCGAGCUGGAAGCCGACCGCGAUCUCCAGCAGGUCAUCGUCGAGUCUUACGAAACCGCACCUAACCCAGAAGCCUACUCCAACGAAAGAAAGGGCGCCGUGCGCACACUCGAGGCCGUGAAGAAGACGAUCGACGACAAGAAGCUUCAGAAGCGCCGUCUGGAGCAGCGCAUCCACGCUGCCAGGAGCGCCGACCGCCAAACGGCCAGAGACGUCGCCUCCGGCGAGGAUAGGAACAUGUGGGAGGCACGCAAUCGCUGGGGAACCGCUGCGGUUCCGUACAGAACAUCGGCAGGCUCUCACGGCUCGGGUUUAUCGCAAGGAACCCCGACCAUGUCCAGCAACAUGGGCAACGCGGCCCCGGGCUAUUCUGGAUCGUCCGCCUUCAUGAACGGCUCCAGAGGAGCUCCGGCCUUUGGCCAAGCCGGAAUGUCGCCAUCCACCAACAACAAGAGGUCUUAUGCUUCCGAGUCUUUCGGUCAGUCCAGUCCUGGCCGAAGCAAAUCUCAGCGCACCAACGAUGUGUUGUCUGAUAUCAUUGAUCUUACUGGUCACUUCAGGGACGAUGAUGAGAUCAACACGUCGAUCUCACGCUCGCGGCAGCGCGAGGCGAUGGCACAGGGCAGUAGAGCUGCGAUGAUGGCGCGCCGACCCAUGCCUUACGCCUCCAGAUCUACCUCUUUCGCGCCCCAGCCUGCCACCAACGGCGCCUCUAGGUCCUCAUUCUACGGUAGCCCGUCCAGCUGGGACUUUGGCAACCCACAAGGCCAAUCAAGCUCUUCUUCGAGCAUGGCUUCGACUCCAGGCGCAGACGUCAUCCCGCGGAUGCCUGGCUCCUUCGUCGACGACGAACCUCCUUUCACAUCGUUCAUGCCGGCUACCCAUAUGUACAACUCCAACCCUUACAAUAUCGUCAACGGAUCUGGCCGCAGCACCGCCGAUGUGAUCAACAGGACCAACAACCUCAACUUCAUGGACCUCACGGACGAAUCCGGAAACCCCCUGGAUGCUCGUGUGGUUUCCAUCAUGCAGGACAUUAACGACGACCCUCGCAGAUCGAGAGAAGAAGUCGAGGCACUUUUGCGCAAUGUACACGCAGGAGUGGAAAUUCCGGAGGAGGACCGUGAUGGAACGCCCGAGGCCAUGAGGUAUCCCCUCUAUGCUCAUCAGAGAGUGGCUUUGACCUGGAUGAAGCGCCAGGAGCAAGGCACCAACAAGGGGGGCAUCCUGGCUGACGACAUGGGUCUGGGAAAGACGAUUUCCGUCCUGGCCUUGAUGGUGUCAAAUAAGUCACCGACGCUCACGCGCAAGACGACUCUGAUUGUGGCCCCCCUAUCUCUUAUUCGGCAGUGGGAGAAUGAGAUCAAGAAGAAGCUCAAGACAGAUCACGCCCUGUCGGUGUACAUUUACCACAACACACAGAAGAUCAAGGCUCAAGAGUUGAUGAAGUACGACGUCGUCUUGACAACGUACGGAACACUCGUUUCUGACCGAAAGAAGUUGGCGAUCUACAAGAAGAAUCUCGGCACGCGAGAAAUGUUCUCCAAGACUGACCCGCACCUGGCCAACUCCGUUUCUCUGUUCCACCCGGACUACUCAAUGUUCUACCGUGUGGUUCUCGACGAGAGCCAAUGGAUCAAGAACCAUAAGGCACAGGCGGCUUUGGCAGUCGCUGAUCUGAUGAGCCAGUACCGUUGGUGUCUGUCUGGGACUCCGAUGAUGAACGGUGUCGACGAGCUCUACUCGCUUUACCGAUUCCUGAGAAUCAAGCCUUACAACGACUGGGCCAAGUUUCGCGGCGCCUUUGGUGUGCUCUUUGGCAAGAGAGGUGACCCCAAAGCGCAGGCAAUGAGAAACCUGCAGGUCCUCCUCAAAGCGACACUUCUGCGUCGCACGAAAUCCUCUCAGAUUGACGGAAAGCCCAUCCUACAGCUUCCCGAGAAGACUGAGGAGGUGGUUUACGCAGAACUGGACGAGGAUGAGCGCAAGUUCUACACGGAUCUCGAGACCAAGUCGCAGGUUCAGAUCAACAAGUACCUUCGAAAGGGCACUCUCGGCAAGCAUUACUCUCAUGUCUUGGUGCUGCUGCUCCGCCUCCGCCAGACUUGUUGCCAUCCGCACCUGUUGUUGGAGGCCGACGAUGCGGUCCCUGAAGUGGAUGACAACAUGCUCGAGCGCGUCAAGUCCCUUUCCUUGACUGUCGUCCAGCGGCUCACCGAGAAAUCCCGCGCCCUCGAGAAUGCCGACGCUAUCAACGAAGGCUUUGAGUGCCCCAUCUGCUACGACAUGAUGCCCGACCCGACCAUCCCACUUCCUUGUGGUCAUGAGCUCUGCGCCGGGUGUCUCAAGCAGCACGUCGACAACGCCAAACGUGAAAACCUUAGGAACGGUGAGGACGAAGGCCAGGUCAAGUGCGCCGUCUGCAGGGGCCCGUUGAACCCGGCAAACAUCAUUACCUAUGCGGCCUUCAAAAAGGUCCACAUGCCGGAAGAGGCCAGCGGCAGCUCCGAGGAUGAAGAGUCGGAUGGAUCCGUCUGGAGCAGCGAUGAUGACGACGAGGAGGAGGGCGACGAAGAAUCUGAUGCGGACGAUGUCGAUAAGAGAGGCAAUCUCAAGAACUUUGUCAUUCCCGACAUCUACGCUGAUAUUAGUGAUGGUGAAGACGGGUCGUCCGCCUCUCCGGCGCCAAAGCCCGAGACACCCAAGAAGAAGAAAAAGAAGCAAAAGAGCAAGGGAAAGCAGAAGGCGGUCGUCUCCCCGAGUAAGGAGGCCAAGAAGAGGCUCAAGAAGAUCAAGGGAUCCAUGUUACAGUCCCUGCGCAAGGACGCCAAGAAGAACGCCGCUGCAUGGAGAGACUACACUAAGUACCUGAGCCACCACUGGCUCACUUCCUCCAAGACCAGAGCCUGUGUGGAGCUUCUCCGAACAAUCCAGGAGACUGGCGAGAAGACCAUCAUCUUCUCCCAGUGGACAAUGCUUCUGGAUCUUUUGCAGGUUGCGAUCAAGAAGGAGGGUCUCAACAUCAGGCACUGUCGCUAUACGGGUGAGAUGAGCAUGGCACAGCGGGACGACACAGCCUUCACCUUCUCGACGGACCCGAGCAUGAAGGUCAUGAUGGUUUCUCUGCGCGCCGGAAAUGCCGGUCUCAAUCUUGUCUCGGCUUCUCGAGUCAUCAUCAUGGACCCUUUCUGGAAUCCUUACAUUGAGAUGCAGGCAGUGGAUCGAGCGCACCGCAUCGGCCAACAGAGGCCGGUGAAGGUGUAUCGCAUCCUGACGCAAGAGACGGUGGAGGACCGUAUCAUCCAGCUUCAGGAGAAGAAGAGGGCGACGGUCGAUGCUGCUUUGGACGAGCGGGAGGGCGCCAAACUGGCCGGUCUCAGCAUGACGGAACUCCGGUUCUUGUUCAACCUCUGAGCGACAUGUCAACCACCUUUCAAUCGGUUUUUGGGUACCCGCAAGGGUUUUGUUCACCAAAACCGCUACGAUUUACGACAAUCUGGGUUUGCUUGGCCAGGAAGGCUAAUUUUCGGCCUCGUGGGGUCAGAUCUACUUGGUCUUUAGGAAUCGGGAGGGGUCUUGUUUUACGGGGAGGUGUCAAGGUAUUACGGCUGGCUUAUUUUUUUCUUUCUUCUCAUUCGGCUGCAUCACCAGAUGGGCUAGAUAGGGAGCGGGGGGAAGCGAAAACACGAUACACGAGACGCGCUUCACAGCCGCACCGGGGGGGAUGUUGUAGGGCAUCUCGGUUCUGUACUCUCUCGCAUGUCACCGUAUCUUUCGUCUUCUUUUGGGAUCAAAACUUGGUUCAUGGUGGCGUCCAAGGUUCAUUCAUGGUCAGGGUCAGGAUGACAGCGCAGUCAUAGCGGCAUGCGAGAUUUGCUCACAGGAAUUUCGUCGGCCCGUAGCCGCGAGAGCCGAUAGAUAUCAAUAUCAUUCAACUUGCUCAUAGG